GGGAUGCGCUCCCAAAUCCGCCUCCUCCUGGCGCUGCUCUGCGCGGCCCCCGCGGCCGCGGCGCCUCCGCCCUGGGAGCCGGCAUGGAGCGAUCCCAAUCCCAAUCUCAAUCCCAAUUCCUGGGGCUGGGGGGACGCGGAGCAGCCGCAUUCCCCCUCGCGGUGGCAUUCCCGGGCGCAGAUCCCGGUGGAAGUGCAGUGCCAGGAGGCGCAGCUGGUGGUGACCGUGCACCGCGACCUGUUCGGCACCGGCCGCUUGGUCAGCGCCGCCGAGCUCAGCCUGGGCCCCGCCGCCUGCAAACAUUCCCGCAUGGAUCCGUCCCAGAAAACCGUCACCUUCAGCGCCGGCCUGCACGAGUGCGGCAGCACCGUCCAGGUCACUCCGGACUCCCUGAUUUACCGCACGCUCCUGAGCUACGAUCCCAGCCCCGGCAGCAAUCCCGCCAUCGUGCGCAGCGACCCGGCCGUCAUUCCCAUCGAGUGCCACUACCCCAGGCGGGAUAACGUCUCCAGCGGCUCCAUCCGUCCCACCUGGUCUCCCUUCAACUCCGCUCUGGCCUCCCAGGAGAAGCUCCUGUUCUCCCUGCGCCUCAUGAACGAGGACUGGAGCUCGGAGCGGGAUCUCUCGGCGUUCCGCCUGGGGGACGUGCUGAACAUCCAGGCCGAGGUGGGCGCCCACAGCCACGUCCCGCUGCGGCUCUUCGUCGACUCCUGCGUGGCCACGCUGGGCCCCGGCGCGGGCACCGAGCCCCACUACGCCAUCAUCGACUUCAACGGCUGCCUGGUAGACGGGCGCUCUGAUGCCACCAGCUCGGCCUUUGUCACCCCCCGGCCGCGGCAGGACGUGCUGCGCUUCCAGAUCGACGCCUUCCGCUUCGCCGGCGACCCCCGCAGCCUGAUCUACAUCACGUGUCACCUGAAGGUGACACCGGCCGAGCAGAGCCCGGACGCACAGAACAAGGCCUGCUCCUUCAGCAAGGCGCGCAACACCUGGGCGCCCGUGGAGGGGACAAGGGACAUCUGCAGCUGCUGCGAGCUGGGCAACUGCGGCCGGAGGCCAGCGGAGACCUGGAACGGCCACCGCUACCGGAGACACGAUGGGGACGGAGGACAGGGGACUGUGGACACGGGGUGA